CUUUGUCGUUUCAAAAAACACCUUCGAUUUCCACAACAUAGUCAACAGCCUUUCCGCAAAACAGCACAAAUGGCCCGCUACGCUGCAGCUCCUGCUCUUGAGACCAAAUCCGCUAAGGCUCGUGGUGAGUACCUUCGUACUCACUUCAAGAACUCUCGUGAAGUUGCCUUUACCUUGUCUGGCAUGAAGUUGAAGAAGGCUCUCGUUUUCCUUCAAAACGUCAAGGAUCACAAGCAGGCUGUUCCCUUCCGUCGCUUCAACGGUGGUGUCGGCCACUCUGCUCAAGGCAAGGAGUUUGGCGCUGUUCAAGCUCGCUGGCCCGUUAAGUCUUGCCAAUUCUUCGAGGGUCUCUUGAAGAACGCUGAGGCCAACGCCGAGGCCAAGGGUUUGGACGUUGACAACUUGGUUGUUAAGCACAUUCAAGUCAACCAGGCUCCCAAGCAACGUAGACGCACUUACCGUGCUCACGGUCGUAUCACUCCUUACCUUAGCCACCCUGCUCACAUUGAGGUUAUUGUUGCUGAGGAGGAAGAGGCUGUCCCCAAGGCUGAGGAGAAGGCUGUCCGUAUUUCCUUGAAGCAAGGUGCUAAGGCCCGUAACUUGGCUGCCCGCAAGGCUAUCACUGCUUAAAAUGAAUACAUGUAUUCGCUGGCUUGAGACGCAGAGGAGGGGUGUGGGAGUUUUUUGCAAACAGGUAGCAGAGUAGUGAGAGUUUAAGUUUGAGGUUUCGCUCGUAUUCGUGUAGU